AUGUCCGAUCCCUUCGUCCUAAGUGAGGACAAUGUGCUUUACUAUGUGGGAACGAGGCCUCUGAGGAGUUACCAACAGCAAGAAGACGCGAUGCUGCGUCUAGUAGUACCCUCAACGAUGAUUCAAGAGGUACUACAGAACUGUCACGACUCGUUAGAAGGAGGCCAUCAAGGGAUCGCUUGGACUUUCUACAGAGUUAAGUUGGAUUACUAUAUGCGAGGCACGCGGUCCUGCCCGACUGUAGCUCAAGCAAAAGUCGACCAACGAUCCGUGGAUACUCUCCGGGGGGGCAUACUAGCGGAACGACCGUUUCAGGUUGUUUCGAUGGAUUUUGUAAUACACUUACCGAAGGCUCGGUGGAGUAACACAGCACUCUUACUAUUCCAAUGCGCAUUCACGGGGUAUGUGAUGGGCAAAGCUAUGGCAAAUACGACCGCUCUGAGAGUAGCCCAAGCGUUUGAAGAAUGCGUGUACCGGAGGUUCGGUGUACCUUCUCUCAUCAGACAUGACAGGGACCCUCGAUUCAUGAGCGACGUGUUCCAGUCGUUCACCGAAAUGAUGCAAUCGCGGUCUAGGGCAACUUUGAGUUACCGGCCCCAGGCCAAUGGCCAGCAAGAGCGCUCGGUCAAAACUUGUGUGUACGCGGAAGACCCACUGCAACAAGACUGGGACGAGAUUGCCGAGAAGUUGAUCUUUGCGAUCAACAACUCAAUGGACGCAAUGAGUAAAGAGACACCCUUUUUCCUCGUCCAUGGGUGGGACGCUCAGUCCACACUUAAGGCGAUGUCCUCGUCGCUCAAACGAUGA